AUGCGCCUGUCGGGCAGCACCCAUCAAAUCGCCAAGAAGCUCCUUUAUUCACCAUCGGGCCAGAUUCGACCCAGGCACUCUACACUUUCCCAAAAUAUGGACAAGAUACCUAUACACAAACUGCGGCGCAAGCCGAAACCUCCGGCCAUCGAAACCUCGAUCGAUCGCAACCCGACAAACACGACUGUACAUCUCGCUGCUGAGGACGCUGCGGCUCCCAGGCUCAGCAAGUCGCCCAGUUUCCCACGAAUGUCGCCAUUUCGACGACUGCGCGGGGGUAAUAAACGGGCGAGAAGCUGCUCCCCAGCAGCCAGCCAGCUGAACGAGCCUACUGCAGCAGUUGUCAGCAACGGCACCAAUUCCACAAACGAGCAGGGCGAGGAAUCGAGGCUGAAAUUAAUACCUGCCUUUCUUACACAGAGUGACGAGGAGCUCAUACAACGAUUCCAGGAAAUACAACAGAUAGAGGGCGACCGAAGACCGCCAACCACACGCCCUAUCGACGAAACGGCAAGAUGGUACCUUUAUGAAAGUGGAAGUGGCCCGGGGAAAAGUUUCGCGGAUCGUUACAAUAAUAUUAGGCCAUGGAGCCAUAAUCGCGUCAAGCUCGACGUCCCGGAGGGUACAAGCGACUACGUCAACGCAUCGCCAAUCUCUGUACCGGCGUCGAACGAAGAUGCGCCUACAUAUAAAUACGUUGCCAUGCAAGGGCCAACAGUGUCGUCAUUCGACUCUGUGUGGCGCAUGGUGGCCGAGAACACGACGUCGACAGCCGUCAUCGUCCAGCUGACCACCAUGUUUGAGGGGGAGCAGCCGAAAUGCGCGCAGUACUUUCCGUUCAGCGACCUGGACCCUACGUGGGAGCUCAAUACCGAGGACGCGUGGGGCGACGGCUGGACGGCGACGCUCACAUACGAGUCGACCGAGGCGCUCUGCGAUGGCGCCAUUGAGCGGCGCAAGUUCCUCCUGCACGUCGAGGGCGAGGAGGAGCCGCACACCGUCUGGCACUUGUUCUACCUGCGAUGGCCCGACUUUGGCGUCCCCGCGCUGACGGAUGUGCAAAGCUUUUUCGAGCUUAUGAAGAUGUCGCGCGAGCACGCCACCGAGGUGGACGAGCCGCGCUUUAUCCACUGCAGCGCUGGGGUCGGCCGCACGGGCACAUUCAUUUGUCUGGAGCAUCUGAUGCGGGAGCUCGCGAUGGGCGCCUUGGACGCCGUGGACCCCCAGGACGCGGACGCGGACCCAGUGUACGAGACGGUGGACGCGCUGCGCCAGCAGCGCAAGUUCAUGGUGCAGAGCCAGUCGCAGUACCUGUUCAUCUACCAGGUGAUGCGCAAGCUCUGGGCCGAAAAGUACGGCCUGGAGGAGGACGACGAGGUGGCGCGAAGCAGCGGCAGCAUCGGGCAGCCUGCGCUCAAGAGGCUCGAGAUGGCAGCGGACCCGGCGGCGCUGGAGGAGAUGGCGAGCAACAGCAGCCAAAUCUCGGAGGGAGGAGCAAGCCUGGAUCCGGCUUAA